GGGGGACGACGUACCAGCAGUUUGUGACCUGAACGAGUCUGUCAGAUGGAACCAAUUUCCACUGAACACCUUGUGAGACAGCGGAAGGUGCCGUGACACGUAUUCCCCAUACUCCUAAAGAAACCCCCAAAAAACAAGAGACAAAACACACUUCCCUGCUCCUCACAACUAAUCCUGCCUGUUGCCUAAAUGGAUCAAAAGCAGCCCUCUGGCCUCAGUGAUAAGACGGGCUUCCAGAUGUUGGGUCGCGGAAGAGGACUGCUGCCCGAGGGUGCAGGGCGUAGUAGAGGGCUCCUGAUGGCUACAGAAGGGCCGGGGUUGGGGAGAGCCAGGGGUUUCCUCCCUCCUGAUGACUUCCCUCCUGGACGAGCAGUAUUGCCGCUUCCUGUUGAGCCCAAAGUUGCACCAGGCAGAGGGCUGUUGGCUCAGCCUGAUGGAGUUGGCCGAGGCAGGGGUCUCCUGCCCCCAGCAGCUGAACCAAAGGUCGGGGUGAGCAGAGGUGCAGUCCUGCCUGGACAGAAGCAUCCUAUAGAAACCAGACAACCGUCCUCAACAGAAGACACGUCUGCUUCACUGGGAGAAGAGGUUUCCAUGCCAACCUAUGAUCAAGGAUCAUCACUGGUGUCAAUGUUUAGAGGAAUGGGUGUGACUUCUUGGGGAAGAGGAACUCCAGCAGUGGGAAGAGGAGCAUCUGGAGAUGUGGGUGAGGCAAAAGUGCUAGAUGCCCCUGUUGAGACCAGCUGCUUCUCACAGGGCACUGCUCACCAUGGAGACAUGAUGUCGAGGGACAGCAGUGUGUCCCCUCACAUUAUAGGGGGACUUGGAAGGGCAGCUCUCCCACAACUUGGAGUGGGAAGAGGGCGAGCUUUGCUUUCUGCUUUACCUCCAGGUCAGAUUAAGUCAGUUUCUCCACCGUCUGAUCCCCAAACGGCACUGCAGUCUCAGUCUCGUGUAGCAGACUUGCCUGUGCCUUUACGGAGCCCACAACCAAAGAAGGAGCUGACUAUGGAGGCAGCACGUGUACCGCUUAAUAAAGCUGGGACAAAGGGAGCUCCCAUAACUAUUGGGUCAAACUACCUCAUAGUUUCAUGCAAGAAUGAAGCUGUGUAUCAGUAUCAUGUCACAUUCACUCCGAAUGUUGAAUCUAUGGGAAUGCGCUUUGGCAUGAUGAAAGAUCAUCGUUCCACCACAGGAGAAGUGGUGGCUUUUGAUGGCUCCAUUCUCUACCUGCCAGUUAAAAUGAAAGACGAGGUUGUUCUCAAGAGCGUGAGGAGGACUGAUGAUCAAGCAAUAGAAAUCAAAAUCCAGAUGACAAAGAUUUUGCCUCCAAACAGUGAUCUUUGUAUCCCGUUCUACAACGUGGUUUUCAGAAGGGUGAUGAAAAUCAUUGGGCUGAAGCAGGUGGCUCGAAAUCAUUAUCAUCCAGAAAACGCCAUUGUUCUUGAAAAACAUCGGCUUCAAGUGUGGCCAGGCUAUGCAACCGCUAUUAAGCGCUUAGACGGGGGUCUGUACCUGUCUGUGGAUGUGACUCACAAAGUGUUGCAGAACGACUCUGUGCUGGAUGUCAUGAACAUGCUGUACAAACAGAGCAAGGAGAACUUCAAAGAUAUAUGCACCAAAGAACUCGUCGGGGCCAUUGUUAUCACACGCUACAACAACCGGACGUACCACAUCGAUGGCAUUGAGUGGGAUAAGAGUCCUAAUGACACCUUCACUCUGAUGGAUGGUACAAAAACCACCUUCUUGGAAUACUACAGAAAGAACUAUGGCAUCACAAUCAAAGACAUGAACCAGCCCUUACUCCUAAAUCGACCUAAGGAGAGGUCGAAGCCAGGAGGGAAGCAAGUCAUCACUGGAGAGAUCCUUUUGGUGCCAGAGCUCUCCUUCAUGACAGGAAUCCCAGAGAAAAUGAGGAAAGACUUCAGGGCUAUGAAAGAGCUGACCUUGCAUAUCAACGUGAGCAGCGAGCAUCACACCAACGCGAUCAAGCAGCUUCUGAAGAGCAUUACCUCUAACCCUGAAAGUUUGAAGGAGCUCAGCCGAUGGGGACUGGAGAUUGGCUCAGACAUCCUCAUAGUUCAAGGAAGAACAUUGCCGCCUGAAACCAUCUGUCUUCAGACGUCAUCCUUUGGCACCGGAGCUGAUGUUUCCUGGUCCAGGGAGGUUGUGAGGGAAAUUUCAAUCAGCUCCAUCCCUUUGAACGUCUGGGCCAUCUUCUACCCUCCUCGCUGUGCAGACCAAGCUGAAGAACUAGUUUCCACUUUUAAAAAGGUAGCUGGGCCUAUUGGGGUACGACUGGCACGUCCCAUCAAAGUGGUGCUCCGGGAUGACCGCACUGAGACGUAUGUCAAAAGUAUCCACUCUCAUCUCACCAGUGAGCCCAAUUUGCAGCUGGUUGUCUGCAUCCUGGUCGGCAACAGGGAUGACCUCUACAGUGCCAUCAAGAAGCUGUGCUGUGUUAAAAACCCAGUUCCUUCCCAGGCCAUCAAUAUCCGGACGAUAUCUCAGCAGCAGAAGCUGAAGAGUGUUGCCCAGAAGAUUCUCCUGCAAGUGAACAGCAAGUUAGGAGGAGAACUGUGGACUGUCAACGUCCCUCUGAAAAACCUGAUGGUAGUUGGCGUUGAUGUUCACCAUGACACCAGCAAGUCACAUCGGUCCGUCAUGGGAUUUGUGGCCAGUGUGAACAGCUCUCUGACCCGAUGGUACUCCAGAGUUACCUUCCAGACCCCCACCGAAGAACUGAUUCAUGGCUUCAGAGUGUGUCUGCUGGCUGCACUACAGAAGUACCACGAGAUAAAUCACAACCUACCGGAGAAGAUCGUGGUUUAUCGGGACGGUGUUUCUGACGGCCAGCUGAAAAUGGUCGAGGAAUAUGAGAUACCGCAGCUGAUCAAAUGCUUCGAGACAUUCCCCAACUAUGAACCCAAGCUGGUCUUCAUUGUGGUCCAAAAGCGCAUCAGCACCACUCUGUACUCCUGGGCUGCAAACAGCUUUGGCACUCCUCCCCCUGGAACUGUGCUGGAUCACACCCUGACUCAGGAAAACUGGGUGGACUUUUAUCUGAUGGCUCAUCACACUCGUCAGGGUUGUGGACUUCCUACACACUACGUCUCCCUGUACAACACAGCUAACCUCACUCCUGACCAUUUGCAGAGGUUGACUUUCAAGAUGUGCCAUCUGUACUGGAACUGGCCAGGGACCAUUCGUGUCCCUGCACCAUGCAAGUAUGCCCACAAACUGGCUUUCCUGUCCGGCCAGUAUCUGCACUCUGAACCGGCCAUCCAGUUGUCCGACAAGCUCUUUUUCCUUUGAGCUGAAUUCAUUUCCGACCUUACACAACAAAACUCUAGUAGUAUUGAUGUGUCACAGAUUAGAUUUUCACGUACAAAUCACCAAAAGUACUGAAGUAUUGAGUGUGUAACGUUGAUCUCAUUUUUAUUAUGUUGAAAAAAAUGUGAGAAUGAAGACUGGUUUAAGAAGUAAUGUUUUCAGUGUUUCAGGUUUGUAUUGUUUUUGCUCAUCCCUCGAGUUGUUCUGCAGUCUCAACUUUAAGCUUCUUAACAAGCUUCUUUAUUUUAUACCUCAUUUAUCCUUCACUUUCUGUAAUGUGUAGUCUUUUCAUAAAUUUGCCAAGUGUUGUAACUGCUGCUGUUCAAAGUGAAGAUGACUUUAAAAUCUUAGCAUUUAGGAUAAUAAAUACUUAACAUU